UUUCCAAACAUGAGAAUUUUAGUAUAAAAGCCUGGCCAGCAGCCAACAAAAUCAUCAGUUUCUGUCAGCAUCUACAGCUCAAAUCAUCUUCAAACAUCUAGUUCAGUCGUGUUUUCUUGCUCCAAAGAUACUCUCAAAAUGUUCGCUCUACGUUUCUCAGUCUGCCUCAUUGUCAUUGCCUUCAUCAUGGCAGUUGUCAUGUUGAACUCCAGUGAAGCCGCCUACCGCAAGCCCCCAUUCAAUGGCAGCAUUUUUGGCAAACGCAACAGUGUCGAAUAUGACAAUGCCAAGGCUGUUACCGCCAUGUGUGAAAUAGCCAUGGAGGCUUGCCAGUCAUGGUUCCCCCAACCAGAAAACAAAUAAGAGCUGUUCUAUAUAAAACGCAAAAUUUUCUAACGUAAUUAUCUAUAUAAACAUGUAAUUAAUAUUUAUAUUUAUCUAAAUUAUAUAUGUACUUGAAUAAAAUCAUUAUUAAGAA